AUGACCCAAGGCCUGGUUCCGAGCGCCGCAGGCACAGUUUGCUCCUUCACAUCGCCGUUGCACCGCGCCGCAGCCGCUUCAACUCCACGGGUCCCAUCACGACGACGGUCCCGAGACACGUUGCGUGCCGCCAUCCCCACCUCUGGCCUUGGCUACGGCCGGCGAGCUGGACCGUCGCCCUCAAAUUCGGAUCAAGCCCUCGUCGGUGAGGCGUCGUCCGUAGAUCCUCUGCCCAGCAUCAGUCGCCGACACAUUGACGGCCGGUGCCGGUGUCGAACGCGACGACGACAACUCCAGACGGCCAGCCCGCUUCCAAAAUAG